UAAAAUUUAAAAAUAAAUCAGGGAACAGCCAGGGAGGAGAAGUUUGGGAAAGGCUCCUGAUGCUUUUUUCCCGGGCGUGAUUCCACGGCAAAUCCUUCCCGUCCCAAAGCAUCCAGGAAGAAGCGGGCCACCGCCAUGUCCCACCCCAGGCUGCUGCUCCUCCUCGUCCUGCUCGGAGCCGCCGGCGCCGGCCGCGCCCUGAGCUUCUCCAACGCCGCCUCCGUCUUCAGCUGCCUCAACGCCGCCCUGUCGGAAGCGCGGAAGAUCCGCCCCGAGGAAAACGCCGUCCUGGAGAAGCGCGGCUCCGAGUGGCCGUCCCUGGAGGAGGCCUCCGAGGAGGAGGAGGAGGAGGAGGACGGGGAGGAGGAAGAGCUUGGGAAAAGGACAUUCCCGGGGGACGGCCACCACAGGUACGCGUCCCAGGCGCAGGCCAAGGGCAAGAGCCACCAGAACCGGGCCAAGAGCGACCGGCGCACCAAGGUGACGCUGUCCCUCGACGUCCCCACCAACAUCAUGAACAUCCUCUUCAACAUCGCCAAGGCCAAGAACUUGCGGGCCAAGGCGGCGGCCAACGCCCACCUCAUGGCGCAGAUCGGGCGCAGGAAGUGA